AUGUCUCGAACCUACGACUUCCUGGUCGGCACAUUCAACACUCCUCAAUUAUACACCCUACGCUUCACGCCGCCCUCGUCAUCAGCUCCAGACUCAGCAUCCCUCAAGAUCCUCCAUCGCGCUUCUGCCGUGGGCUCUCACUCCUGGCUUCAUCUGAAUCCCCCAAAGCCUAACGGCAGACAGAAUCUCUACGCCACAGCCUGGACAGAACCACCCACGGUCGUAGCAUAUGCAGUCAACUCCGCAACCGACAUCCAGCUUCUCGGGAGUGCUCCAACGAGAUCACGCAGCGGCUACGUCACCGCCAGUGAUGUAGCGCUAUACUCGGCCGGCGGAGCGACCGGCGAAGUAUUCAGCUUGGAUCCAGAAACCGGCAACAUCGUGCCUCCGCCUGCCUCGAGUGGAACGACAGCAACCCAGUCAUCACCGCAAGUCCAGCCUCUUCAGCUCCUCUCCUUCCUCGACCAGAAUGCACAGCGCGACGAUGGCAGCGUGAUGGAUUUCGGCGGUCUCCGCCAUGGUGCCCACUCUGCGGAUUUGUCGCCCGACGGCAAAGCAAUCUACAUUGCGGACAUAGGACGUAAUUGUAUCUGGACGUUUUCUAUCGAUCCGAAAACCGGGGCGCUGACACCAGGGGAGAAGCACAUUUCACCGAGGCCCACUGACGGCCCGAGACACGUCUGGCCGCACCCGAGUGGGGAGUUCGUGUAUUGCUUGCAAGAGCAUACAAGCAUGGUUGAUGUCUUCUCUACGAGCGACGGAGGGGUGAAGUUGAAGCACGAGCAAGGCGUGCGGAUCAUCCCGGCGGAGGAGAAGGAAGUAGACUACUGGGCUGAUGAAGUGCGGACGAGUUUCUCCCAUGGAGACCAGCCAGAGUACUUGUACGCCAGUACACGAGGCUUGAAGGAGGGGAAGAAUGGUUAUGUUGCAGUGUACAGGUUGACUUCUGAGGGUCGAAUCGACACCUCAGUGGCUCCGCAUCAUUCAUACGCCAAAAAUGCCGGCAGCGAGUCCAGGUCGAGCUUAUAUGCGGGCCUGUUAUAUAUGUGGGAGUCACCCACGAGUGGGGGAUGGGCAAACGCAGUCCAACCUGGUCCGACUAUCGAUGGAAUCGAGUAUCUUGCGCUGACGGAUAGUGAGCAGGGCUAUGUAUUCGUCUUGAGCUGGGAUGGGCAAGUGAUCAAAGAAGUAGCAAGGACCAAAUUGGACGACGGCGCAGGCGCGGCGACAGCGGUGUGGCUGUGA